AUGGGCGGCCAAAAACAUGUCGUCUUCGACAUCGUCGGUACCCUCGUCUCAUUCGACGAAUACCACGCGCAAAUCGACCGCGCCAUUGGCGAAAAACUCCGCGCCCACAACAUCACCGCAAAAUUCUUCGGCUACAGCUGGAUGACCGCUGCCGAGCUGGAAUUCACAUUCCUCUCCAUUUCCGAGCGAUAUAAGCCCUACAAAGGCAUCUUGGAGUCAACUUUCUACCGCACUUUAUGGUUCGCUGGAGUCGACGACCCGCGAGCCCUGUGCACUGAUGAAGAACUCAACGCGUGUGUGCAAGGUUACUCUGAGCUACAACUGAGACCCGGCGCCAAAGAGUGUUUUGAGAUUUUGCAGAAAGGCGGGUUUAAGGUGUGGUUUUUGACCACGGCCGAUUUGAAGCGUGUGCAGCAGUAUUUCUCAAAGGGGGGCGUCGAGAUGCCUGCAGAAAACUUUAUCUCGUGUGAUAGCUCUGGAGUUGCCAAGCCGGCUUUGGCAGCGUAUAGAACAGCGUUGGAGAAGUUUGCUGCAGAUGACGAGACGUGGUUUGCGGCGGCCCAUAUGUGGGAUGUUUCGGCAGCAAAGAAGGUUGGAUUCAAGGGUGCUUAUUGUGCGGAGUACGAGAAAGAGCCGUGUUUGGAUAUUUUUGAUACUGAGCUGGAGGUUAUGGCCAAUACCUUGCCGGAGAUGGCUGAGAGAAUAGUGAAAGCUUCUUUCUCGUAA